AUGCGUGUCCACCGGAAACUAUUCGCCUUUUGGAAGAACAACUUCCGCCCAAUCACCGAUGCCUCGUCGCCGUCGCCGUCGCCGUCGCCGUCGCCGUUGGCGUCGCCGUUGACGUCGCCGGCGUUAUUGCCACACGCGACCGGCCUGUCACGAGAUGGCGACCAGCCUGAGACCAGUCAGCGACUGGUCGACCGCGCCGUGGCUUCGAAGCCGGCCGCGACCUGUGGCAGCGGCGACUUCCACAGGCCGUCGACUUUGGGCGAGUUGACGCGGCGAAAAGCCCGUCGGCUCGCCGUUCACGCCAAACUGGUGCCGGGCAUUCGCGUCUACGAGGCGACGGACCAAUCGCGCCAGCAGCAGCCGGCGGACAAACCGAAAGAGUCCGUCUGCCCGGCCGGUCUGCUGGGCCGGCUCUGGGUCGCCGGCAGACACGCACGGGGCCCGAGUUUGCCGAGUCUGCCGGGCAUCGCCGGCCUCAAGCAGCCCACGUCGCCGCGACGCAAGACUCCAACAUCGCCGGCAGUCCCUGGUCGUCGCGACAGAAGCAACGAGCAGACGAGUUGGCCAGAGGUUGCCAGGCAACAGCCCGACGACGGGACGCUCUCGCUUCGGGCCGCUGACUCUGCGUUGAGACUGGAGCUGGGCUCGCGAAAAAGAGCCGCUGUCUCGGCGCUCGAGACGGCCGAGACGAUGACGAGGCGACGUUUGCGCUUCUUCAUUCAUCCGGACACGCCAAACGUGCCUCCAGACUUGAUCCGUGCCACUGGUACAGUUUACAGCUCGAGGAGUCGAGACACGAGUGAAGCCUCCUGUUGCCAAGGCGAAUCGAAUUGCAGAGGCCGAGAGCCCGACUACACGCGCCUGUUUCACGACGAUCUGGACAGCAGCAGCGGCAGUUCUUUGAACUCGUGGAUGAACCCGUUCGGUGCCGAGGCGACGUCGGCGAGGAGUAGAGCGUCUGCAGCGACGGCAGAUGGGCCUGGCAACAACGAGGAGGGCGGUCUGUCGAGUGGUUCGAGGUGUGCCAGGGACGAGGCAAUGUUCGCCGUCCGCACUGCAAUUCUGGCCACCGGAAUCGAGUGUGGCGAGUCGCUGCGACCCAGUCGGUCAAUGCCGGUGCCGGUGCCGGUGCCAUUGGUACAGAUUGGGCCCCGCCGGGGCUCGGUUGACUCGCAACUUGGUCGGGCGGUGCAACAGCGCCGCGAGUCGACGGCGCGCAGCGUCGGCGAGAGCCUCAAACGGCGACGAGUUCGACAUUCGCCGCCGCAGUCCGUCCAGCGGGUUCUCUUGGGCCGGUUCGGUCCGACGCCGGUCUCGGCGAGACAGACGAACCCGCGGCCGGACGAGCCAACGUCGACGCCUGACGAAGUGGCCGACCGAGAGGAUGGUCAGAGCCGUCUUCUGGCCGCGCUGGUCGCCCUGCCCGUCUGGCCGGACCAAUCAGACGUGGCUUUGCGCCUCGCCCACCUCGCCCCGGCCGUCCAGGUCUCGGCUCUCGUGACGACCGUGGCCUCGGCCACGGCGAUGCUGGAGGCCAGCGUCGCCGAAGCGCCU